UAACCUCGUUUGCCAAUCGCAAAUAAGCACGAAGACGAAGACGACGAAGGCGGUGAAGAAGAAAAUCCAGCCGCCUGUUGCCUAUUUUUUUUUUGAAACGCCAAUGGAAGCGUUGGUGUCAAAAUUGACAUUUUUUAAAAUAUUUUAUAAUCAACUGUGAAGUGAGACAAGGUCCAAGUGGAUAUUUGAAGACUUCACGCAACCUCAAUGGCAUCCCCAGGCUUGCAGCACCCUGGCUUCCUUCUGUCCAACCUUAAAGCAGAUUCGUCCACCAAGACUCUUUUCCAUCGAUGUCAGGACCUUGUCAAAAUCAUCGAGGACUACCCCGCAAAGGAGCUGCAUGCUAUUUUCUCGUGGCUGGUGGAGAGUGUCUUCGGAAGUCUCGAUGGCGUCCUCGGAGGAUGGAACCUUCGCCUUCUGCAGUCCCGCUGCAACGAUUUCCCGCUCGUUGUGGAAUUCCUGAAGCCGAGUGGGGCCAUGAUGAAGCUGGUUUACAAACUUCAAGCCGAAGAGUACAAGUACGAAGUCCCUGUCAAUUAUCUGCCGGCUCCAGUGAAAGCCUCCAUCCAGGAAGGCGUCCUUCCAGACUGUCCGCUCUUUCACAACCGGCCGCACUUCCCUAUUUCUGGCAUGCUGACUCUCAACAUGGCGCUGAAUCCUUUUGAGUUCUUCAUGUUCUAUUUUGCGUCCUGUCUCAUUACACCAAAGAACUUUUCUUCGGGCCAACACAGUGCCACUGACAGCGCCUACUUUGUAUUGGUGGACAUGUACCUCAAGUAUUUCUUGCCUACUGAAGAAAGUGUACCCCCAUCUCCCUUUUCUGACAACAGAGGCUCUGUCAGCGCGCCUCCUGCCAGAUCGUCCAACAUUUCCUUGGCAGGUUAUGGCAUCCAUAGUCCAAGUCUCUUAAAGCAUCACAUCUUCCAUCAGCCCUCGGUCAACGCAGAUCCUGCAGCGCAGGAAAUCUGGAGGUCGGAAACACUGCUGCAGAUGUUUGUGGAAGUGUGGCUCCAUCACUACUCUUUAGAGAUGUACCAGAAGCUUCAGUCUCCUCAGGUAAAGCUGGCGCUGCUACAGUACCGCCUCAGUAUGUCCAGCAUGCCGUGCCAACCUCACGUCCCAUCAGGCUCUGGGACCCUCCACACCUACCAAGUACUUAAACCUUUUCAUUCACCCCCGCCCCUUUGGGGCCUCCUGGAGGAACCCUUCAGCCCGACUGAGGAGCACGUGCUGGUGGUGCGUCUCCUGGUCAAACAUCUGCACGCCUUCAACAACAGUCAGAAGCCUGAGCAGCUGUCAUCCUCUCCCACGACCCACUCACAUGCCCACGCCAGCCCGCUGGAGGAGUUCAAGAGGGUGGUGGUGCAGCGUUUUGUUCAGCAGAAACUUUUCCUCUUUCUGCAACACUGCUUUGGACAUUGGCCUCUGGAUGCGUCUUUCCGAGCGGUGUUGGAGACAUGGCUGAGCUUCAUCCAACCAUGGAGAUACAGUGAAGAAAAGACCACCAGCCCCCCAGCUGAAGGUGACAGAAGCGACCCCGACAAAUGGGAGUCGUUUGUUGAAGAGAACCUGCUCGUGUACACCAAGCUCUUCCAGGUGUUCCUGAAUAGAGCCCUCAGAAUGGACCUGGUCAAUGCCAAAAACGCUCUUAUGGUCUUUCGUGUGGCUAAAGUGUUUGCUCAGCCAAACCUUGCGGAGAUGAUCCAGAAGGCUGAGCAGCUCUUUCUUGAGCCGGAGCUUGUCCUCCAUCAUCGGCAGCCGCGAGGCUUCCUGACCCCGAGCCAAGGAGGCAGCUUCCUGUCGUCACGACAACGCAUGGUGACUGACGCCGUGUUUCGGGUGAAAAGUCACGUGUACUCCUUGGAAGGCCAGGACUGCCAGUACAAGCAGAUGUUUGGUUCCGAGCUGCGAGCCGUGGUGGCGAAGUUGAUCCAGAUCAUUGCACAAGCCAGACAAACGGCUAAACGGAUCUCAGAUCAGUCGACUGAAGCGGCAGCCAACAAGUCUUUCCUGUCUUGGUUCACCCCAUCUUUCUCUGAUAUGAACAACGGGCUUUGUGGCGCAGACCUGGAGGACAGUAGCGAGUUUCUGAAGAAGACUCAUGAGUUCUUGGACCGAGCGCUGGAGAACCUGUGUGGCAUCUUCAAGCUGAGCCAGAGUCAGCUGACUCAGCUUCUCUCCAGCUUGACGUCUUCUCCGGCUGAUGGCGAGUCCAGACUGCCGGAUUGCAUUAUGGGACAAUACGGCCUCAUCCUCACAGACUUAGGCAGGACGCAGAUCAUCAACGGACUGCGCCGGUUUGACAUUCAGUACCAAGGCGACCCAGAGCUGCAGCCAAUCAGGAGCUACGAGAACGCACUUCUGGUCAGGUUCUUGUACAGGAUGUCGUCUUUGCUAAACAACAAGUUUGGGGGUCACAUGUCUAGACUGUGCUCGCGGCCGGACUUUCUGGGUCGCCUAGGUCGGCACUACCUAGCUGAUUCGAGAGUACCCUGCGCUCUGACUCGUAGUCCCACGUCACCACGGUGGUUGGACAGGAAGCGGUCUGCACGUGUGAGCUUGCGUCCGCUGGCCAGCUACAGGACGCUCUUGCUGCUGCUGCUGUGCUACGCGUUGGGCGCCAUCUUUUCCUACGGGCCCGUGUCCAGCACACUCUUCAUUCUCACCGCCGCAUUCCUAUACGCCGUGGUCAUGGCUGUGUUUGUGGACAAAUUGAAAACACAAUAGCGCAGGCGUUGGGGUUGCUUGACUCGUUCCACUUUCAGGACAUAGUCAGAGAAUUGCAGAUCCAGCUUGUUCCGAAAAUGUUCUGCUUAAGCUCUUCUGCAGUUUUCACCUCAAAAAUAUAUUCUUUACAAAAUGUUUUGUGGUGUUGUUGAAUGAGAGCAAUGUUGUUUCUCAAAUAUGAAAAGCAUGAGUGAAAGCACAGAUAACAGUUGAAAAGGUCCUGGGAAUGAAGUGAAAUAUCCACUUGUUGCACAACAAUACACACAAAACAUUUUUUUUUGCCAAAGCUGAACUUUUUUUUUGUUUUUCUUCACCCUGACUUCCUGGGAGAUUUCAGUAGGAGCCAAUUCCAAAUAGUAAAUGGCUUUCAAUUUUCCUCUGUCACUGUGAGUUGACAGAUAUAUUUUACAGAUCUUUUUUGUAUUCUCUAUCAUCAUACAUAUCUUCAGUUUGCCGUGUGUGUAUAAGUUAUAAAUAAUAGUGAUGCUACAGUACAUGCACAUAUAAAUAAACGAGGAUCAAAGUGUAAAAUGUAUUUGAUUUUAGGAGUUCAAUUAAGGUAAAGGCUCAGGAAGUUUUUUCAGUUGCUUCGGGCAGACAAUACUUAACAGUAUUAAACUUUUAGAGUUUUAAAAAUGUAGUUUUUUAUCUUUUAUUAGCAUAAAUCUCUUAUCAAAUACAUUCUAAAAAUAUUUCACUCUGUUGAGUCUAUAAAAUUUAGUUGUUGUUUUUCUAGAUUGAACUAAAAUCAAUUAACUUCCAAAGAUAUUCGAAUGCACUGAAAUGUGCCUGUAAAUAUUGGCCUCUGACCCUACCUACUUUUAUAUGAAGGUUAAUUUGUGUCUUUUUAUUACAAAAGCUUUUUUUUCACAGAUUUGUUUGCAUUUGGAUUUUGUGAGCUGGAUUCUUUUUUACAUAAAAUUAUACCCACAAUUUCAUUGAAUAAACAUUUGUGAGCAAAA